GCAAAACAUAAAAAAUCACUUACCCUUUUUAACCCACCCCUUUCGCGCCUAAAAUUUUAACACAAAAAUAACCGCGAACAUCCCAACGCUGUAAAAUCAUUUUGGCGCCAAAAAUAUAUUAGAUACAACACUAACACCCUCCCAAAUCCCUUCUUCUCUUCCAUUUUUACCCCCCAAAAGUCCGUCUCUUAUUUAUCUCUCUCUCUAUUUUUCUUCUCCUACUGGGUCAAGAUAAUCAGAUAUGGAGGCCAUGGAUAUAGGCUCAGUAGAAGACAAGAAGGUUCAACAAAUCCAGUCAGCCCUGGAUAACAACGUUGUUUCUGUCGUUAAGUUGCUUCCUAACGACCCUGAUUCUUGUCUCCGAUCAGAUACUGUUUGUCGAAUGGUAACUGCGACUGGGUUUCGCGUUUCUACCCUGAUCGAGUCAGGUGAUCAGUUCGAAGAAUCUGAGCCCGUUAAAACCCAAGUGAAGGAGGAGCCUUUUUUGAAAGUGAAGGAAGAGCCUGGUUUGGGGAUAGAAAGCACCGUUUUGAUGAAAGAAAAUAAGAAGAUUAAACUGAAGGAAGAGUCUGAUUUGGGGAUUGAAAGCAAAGUUUUGAUGAAAGAAAAUAAGGAGAUUAAAGUAAAGCAGGAGCCUGGUUUGGGGUUUGAGAGUGAAGUCCCAGUGAUGGAAGAAAUGGUUUCGGGUUUCAGAAAGGAACCCGUAGCCAAGAAUGAAGAUUCAAAGUCAAGGAUGUCCUUUGAUGAGUUUCUUCAGUUAACAAAUACUAAGGUUCAAUCUCUUGAUGAUACUCUCAAAAUCCAGAUCAAAGAAGAGGCUGUUGAUUCUGUUUCUGUUGCUCUGGUCAAGGCCUCUGAAGUUAUAGAGAUGAAAUCAGAUACUCAAAACCUUCCGUUAGUGAAAAAGGAACUUGGUUUUGAGUGUUCUAAAGAGUUGCAAAAACCGGCUGAUAUAAAGAAAGAUGCUUUUGAAGAGAGGAGAGUGAAUGGUGUUCUGGUGGAAGAUGGGGAUUCCCCAGAAGAACCUGAUUGGUACUUAGUUGGAAGGACAAUAGUUAAUGCAGUUUCAACAACUAAAGGGAAGAACAAAUUGUUGGAUAAUGAGAUUGUUUACUUCACUUUCCCUUCUCCAGCAGCCAGUCACAAGCUUCAAUCUAUUGUUCGCUUCUCAACUAAGCGAAGUGGGGAGAUUGGUCGGCUUCCAAUGGAUUGGGGAAAAUGGGUAAAUCCCCUUGUAUAUUCUAACAAGGUUAAAGUUAUUGGUCGGUGUAUAGCUGCUUCAACAACACUUAGUAUUAUGCAAGAAAUCAUGCUAUUUGUAAGCUUUUACAUUCACAGUUCUAUAUUCACCGAGGGUGAUAAGUCUUCCUGGAUGUUUGAUGCACCCUGGAACAUGGAGUCUAGGCUUAAUCCUCUGUUUAAUCUAUUUAAACACCUUAAAAUAAAACCAUAUCAGAAGGCUAACUUCACUCCAGAGGAACUGAAUUCUGGGAAGCGUGUUCUCCAUAUAGAAGAUGGUUAUGAUGAAGCUGCAACAGCUUUGCCUAUCGCAAAACGAAGAAAGGGUUGUCCAGAGCAGAGUAAAGAUGAGCAAGCUAUGUCAGAGGCAUCUUUGAAUAAGAUUGUUGGUGCUGCAGACACAUAUAAUUUGGAGGAAAUGGAGCCCCCAUAUACACUUACAUGUAAAUUAAGGCCAUACCAGAAACAAGCUCUAUACUGGAUGUCUGAGUCGGAGAAAGGAAUUGACGCUGAGAAAGCUGCACAAACUCUUCAUCCAUGCUGGUCUGCCUAUCGCAUAUGUGAUGAAAGGGCUUCCUCAAUUUAUGUAAACGUUUUCUCAGGAGAAGCCACAGUUCAUUUCCCAAGUGCUAGGCAGAUGGCAAGAGGAGGAAUUCUAGCAGAUGCAAUGGGUCUUGGAAAGACUGUGAUGACAAUUGCUCUAAUCCUUGCAAGACUUGGUAGAGGAAAUCCUGAUAAUGAAAAACCUGAUUCCAGAAAAGGAGAUGACAGCAGAAGCACAAACAAGAAGAAAGAUGCUUAUGCAAAUGUCCCACGUAGAACAAAGGGAGGCACUCUUAUUAUUUGUCCAAUGGCUUUGUUAAGCCAGUGGAAGGAUGAGCUUGAGACUCACUCAAGGCCUGAAAGCAUAUCGAUUUUUGUGCACUAUGGUGGUGAAAGGACCAAUGAUCCUAGGGUAAUCUCAGAGCAUGAUGUAGUCUUGACAACAUAUGGGGUCUUAACUGCUGCUUAUAAAAGUGAUGCCGAGAACAGCAUUUUCCACAGGGUUGACUGGUAUAGGGUGGUUUUAGAUGAAGCUCAUACAAUUAAAUCUUCAAAAACCUUAGGAGCUCGAGCUGCGUUUGCAUUAUCUGCACAUUGCCGUUGGUGUCUCACUGGAACCCCACUCCAGAAUAAUUUGGAAGACCUCUACAGCCUUCUAUGCUUCUUGCACGUGGAACCAUGGUGCAAUUGGGCAUGGUGGAAGGCAAAGAUUCAAGGGCCCUAUGAGAAUGGUAAUCCAACAGGAUUGAAAUGGAUCAAGGCCAUAUUGCGGCUGCUGAUGUUGAGAAGAACAAAGGAAACAAAGGACAAAGAAGGAAGACCUAUUCUUGUUCUCCCUCCAACUGAUAUUCAAAUCAUUGAGUGCGAGCAAUCAGAAGCUGAACGUGAUUUUUAUGAUGCUUUAUUUAGAAGAUCUAAAGUUCAGUUUGAUCAAUUUGUUGCACAAGGCAAGGUUCUUCAUAACUAUGCAUCCAUUCUUGAGCUACUACUUCGAUUGAGGCAGUGUUGCAACCACCCUUUUCUUGUUAUGAGUCGAGCUGAUUCACAGCAGUAUUCGGACUUGAACAAGCUUGCAAGAAGGUUCCUUGAAACUCUCCCUGAUUCUUUCACUUCAAAUCAAAAUGCCCCGACCAGAGCCUAUAUUGAAGAGGUUGUUGAUGGUAUCCGGCGGGGAGAAAACACAGAGUGUCCAAUAUGCAUGGAGUCUGCAGAUGACCCCGUGCUUACACCUUGUGCACAUAGGAUGUGCAGGGAAUGUCUCCUCUCAAGUUGGCGCACACCAACAGUUGGGUUAUGCCCAAUCUGCAGGACACUGCUGAAGAAAACUGACCUCAUAACAUGUCCAACUGAAAAUAAGUUUAGAGUUGACGUUGAGAAUAACUGGAAAGAGUCUUCAAAGGUUUCAAAGCUGUUAAAGUGCUUAGAAGGCAUCCGCCGGUCCGGUUCUGGUGAAAAGAGCAUUGUUUUUAGCCAGUGGACUUCAUUCCUAGAUCUUUUAGAGAUCCCAUUAAGGAGGAGAGGAAUUGGAUUCUUAAGGUUUGAUGGGAGACUGGUGCAAAAACAAAGGGAGAGGGUUCUGAAGGAGUUCAAUGAGACAGGAGAGAAAAUGGUUUUGCUUAUGUCUUUGAAAGCUGGUGGCGUGGGCCUGAAUUUAACUGCAGCCUCUAAUGUCUUCUUAAUGGAUCCAUGGUGGAAUCCCGCAGUGGAGGAACAAGCAAUUAUGCGAAUUCACCGAAUUGGACAAAAGAGAACAGUUUCGGUUAGAAGGUUCAUUGUUAAGGAGACAGUGGAAGAACGCAUGCAACAAGUUCAGGCAAGGAAGCAGAAGAUGAUUGCUGGUGCCCUAACUGAUGAAGAAGUCAGAUCAGCCAGGAUUGAAGAGCUGAAAAUGCUUUUCAGAUGAUUUUUUUCCCUACAUAUUUCCGUAUUAGCUUUUGUUUUUGUGAAUGAAACUAAAAUCCCAAAUUUUCUAAAGGGUUUUUUAGUACAGUCAAAUGAAAGUCCAUUUUUGUAAAUUUUGGUAUUAUCAAUGGCAAUUAUUCUUUCUUACUGCAUAUUAUUCCAAAUCCAAAAUCUGGUUUGAUCCUUAUUAAACUUUUGACAAUGCAACAGUCCUUUUUGACUAUGUAAAGGGACUCCAUCAAAGGAGUGUUUCUAACCCCCCAAAAAAUGGAAAAUCUCAUUCUAAAUAUUCUUUGAAUAUUCUGAAAUGACGGUCCUGCCCUUGACCAAAUGCCUUGGAGCUUGGCUGUCAUUACUUGUGAAUUAUGGAACCAAACAAAAUCUUUACCGACACGACAGGGCAGGUAACAUGGAUCACACACGUGUCAAAGAAUUAAGGGUUGGAAUUGGCCACGUAACUUAUGUCCUUACCGUUGGAUUGAUGGAAAAAAAUUUAUGACCAUGAAAUUAUUAUGAGGAACGUUUCUUAGAAGCAUUAUUAUUAUUUGAGGCUGUUGGCGCUGAGUGGUCAAAAUCCAGUGGCGCGUGGAACGCUGUUUUAAGUUGCGGGCUGUGGCGUGGGGUCAGUUGAUACAGAAGUCGACAAGCCUUUGUUUGUUCUUUAUAAGAGAAGGUCUUGACCGAUGACGCUACUAUGCUUGUUGCCCUUUCGGUUUGGGGUGUGGCUGGCUUGACAGCUUUUAUUUAGCUGAGCCUGGCUUUGGCUUUAUUUAUUUUUUUUAUUUGAAAAAUUUUGGAAAAUCAUGAUGAUUUUGCUUGGAAACUUUUGGAUUAUUAAUUAUUUAGAUAUUGUUACCAUGUAAAAGAAAUGUCACGUGUGAAUUGGAGAUGCUUUGAGAAAAUUUUAUUAUAUAAACUUUUUCCGUAUUAAUCGUUGAUACAAUCAAUUAAGGUGUAACAAUUUUUUUGAC